AUGGGCAUUCAAGGUCUUUUCCCGCUGUUGAAGUCCAUCCAACGACCAACCGAACUGAAAAAGUUUGCUGGUGAGACCUUCGCAGUUGAUGCCUAUGGGUGGUUGCAUCGAGGCGCCAUUUCAUGUGCCAUAGAGCUUGCUCAGGACAAGCCGACCCGCAAAUAUGUCGAUUUCGCCAUGCACCGAGUUCGAAUGGCCAAGCAUUUCGGAGUGACUCCUUACCUUGUUUUUGAUGGUGAUUACUUGCCGAGCAAAGGUUGCACGGAGGACUCGCGUGCGAAGCGCCGUGAGGAGAGCAAAAAGGCGGGUUUGGAGCUGCUCAAAGCUGGCAAGCCGUCUCAAGCCCAUCUCGAACUCCAAAAGGCCAUUGAUGUGACCCCGGAGAUGGCCAGGCACCUGAUCGAGGAGCUCAAGAAAGCAGGUAUUCCUUACGUUGUAGCUCCGUACGAAGCAGAUGCCCAAAUGGUGUAUUUGGAACGGCAGGGGCUAGUCAGUGGCAUCAUUUCGGAAGACUCGGACUUGCUCGUAUUCGGCGCCAAACGACUCCUGUCGAAACUCGAUCAACACGGGCAAUGUGUUGAGAUCAACCGCCGGGACUUUUGUGCCGUCCGUGAGAUUUCACUGACAGGGUGGACCGACGCCGAGUUCCGCCACAUGGCUAUACUGAGUGGAUGCGAUUAUCUUGACAGCAUCAACAACAUGGGGCUCAAAACUGCGUAUCGGAUGAUUCGAAAGUACAAGACACCAGAAAAAGCCAUCAGAAUGCUUCAAUUCGACGGUAAAUAUCGCGUACCCGCUGACUACAUGGUCCUCUUCCGUCAAGCGGAGCUUACGUUUCUCUAUCAACGAGUCUACUGCCCCAAAGCCCAACAACAGGCCUUUUUGACCCCGCCUCCUGCCGACAUUAACAUUGAUGAUAUGCCAUUCAUCGGAGCAUUUGUCGAGGCUGAUUUAGCUCGACAGAUUGCCGUUGGCGAUGUCAACCCCAUCACCAAGCAGAGGAUUCAGCUUGCGCCUCUCCCAGAGCCUCGGAAGCGUGCAUCUUCGUCGUCGGCCCCGCAACCUGUUACACAGGCCAGUAGCCGCAAACCGCCUAGGAAACCCAUUGAAGGGUAUUUUCAGGGUGACAGACGCAUUCCCCUGGGUGAGAUGGAUCCCAACUGCUUCUCCGUUGAUCCUCAGCGGGUGGCUGGCAUGACCGACAAUGACCAAAGACCCAUCGUGUUUCCCCUACCGAGACCCUAUGUUGACAGUAGGAGAUCACCGCCUUCACGCCCUGCCCGGUCAUAUAUCACUCGUUCGUCAGCAGCUACCUCACCUCGCAUUUUACGCCGCCGGACGGAGCCCAUUUCGAAUCUACUGCGUGAUAACGGAACCUCGUUGGGCUCAACGUCACGCCGACAGACCCUGGGACCUACUGCCAGUUUGGACACAGGAAAUGAGGCCGCAUUGACGAGUUCCACCCGCCCACCUAAGAAGGCUAGGCUAUGCAACGAUGCCGUUUCGGACUCGGUACCCGCGAAAGAGAUAAGCAAAUUCUUCCCCUUGAGUCGUAACAAUGCAACAUCCCCGAAGAAGACAGAUGGAUACCUCAUGUCGGAUGACUCCAUAGAAGAGGCAUUGAAUGGUCUUCCUGACAUGGAUGGAUGGCACGGGCUAUCGAAGGCGAAAAAGGAAGUUGUGGUGUUUGAGGAGCGCUCCCAAAAUAUCCAAGACAAUAUUUCUAAGGAUGACGACAACGAAGGCGCGACGCUCGAGGCGAAUGGAACGAGUUCAGCAACAGAGGCAAAGACCUCAGAGACACCCCUCAAAUCCACCACAAAUAUCAGCCGCUUUUCUUUCAGCCAGAGUAAUGACAGUUCAUCCUCCUUGAACAGCCGCCGAGUUUCGUACACUCGUCCCACGCCUGCAUCAUCUACACAAUCAUCUACUACGCGGUCUACGCCGGCGUCUGCAAACUCAACGUUCAGUGCGUCGUCUGCUGCUACAACACCGGCGACCCCUAUUAUGACCCCUCUACAGCGCAUUGGGGCUCAAGCGAUCGGCCGCAGCAAGCCGCCAUCCACACCAACCUUUGCUGUCCCUCGACCUUUGAAGCGUAGUAGCUUGGGCCGAGCAAACCUGAACUCCAUUCCGAUCAACCCGGCAUUCGUGCCUCUCCCGCCUGUAGACUUAACGGAAGUGGAAGCACUGCAUCAACCUGUUGGCAGUGAAGAUAUGCUAGUCUCGGAGAGUGACGGAGACGAUGCUGGUGAUGGUGCAGAGGAUCUUGAGAACGUGGAGAACCUGGGUAAGGCCAGGAACAAGACCGAGGGGCGAAGGAUUGACCUUUCGAGGUUUCUGUUUGCUUAA